AGGGCUUCUCCCACAGCAGUGACGCCAUAACCACGGAGGAGCUGAAGGCCAUCUCUGAGAAGAUCUACAGGGCGGACACCAACAAAGCACAGAAGGAAGACAUCAUUCUCAACAGCCAAAAUGCCAUCUCGCCCUCUGAGACCAGAGACCAAGUGGACCACUGCCCGGAGCCGCUCUUCACAUAUGUCAACGAAAAGCUGUUCUCCAAGCCGACCUACGCAGCCUUCAUCAACCUCCUCAACAACUACCAGCGGGCGACGGGCCAGGCGGAGCACUUCAGUGCCCAGCAGCUGGCUGAGCAGGACACCUUCCUCAGAGAGGUCAUGAAGACGGCCGUCAUGAAGGAACUCUACAGCUUCCUCCAUCAUCAGA